GCUUGCUGAUCAGAUUUGGGGGUGGGGUGGGAGGUGUGUGUGGGAAAAGCCGAGAGAUGGAUCUUCCCUUCUUUUGACAACACUCUCCCCUUCAGGACUAAGUCUGCACUGGAGGAAAUUAACUGCGAGGGAGAAGCGCUAAUCACACCUCCGUGUGGGAGCCAACUCCCGGGAGCAGCGUGUGCCGCCAGCCCCAGGAUAUUCCCUGCCUCCAACCUGAAGUGAUCCCUCCUGGAACGGUUCAGUCGCGCCUGCAGUUCACCUUUGCCUGCAGUUAACCAGCGUGCAAUUUGGGUUUAAUGGAGCUGGGUUUAUUGUUCCUCUUUGGACUUACGAUUACGUCGACUGCAGGGGCGGCGGCGGCGGGCGGCAGGGCCAGGGCGGACGGCGGAGCGCUGCGGCACCGGGCCCGGCGCUGCACUUGCUACACCUACAAGGACAAGGAGUGCGUGUACUACUGCCACCUCGACAUCAUCUGGAUCAACACCCCCGAGAGGACUGUGCCAUAUGGACUGUCUAACUACAGAGGCAGCUUCAGAGGCAAAAGGUCCACAGGCCAGACUCAGAGUGCUCCCCAGUCCUCACUCCGAUGUUCCUGCUGGGAUGCUCACGACAAGCAGUGUUUGCAGUUUUGCAGAAGAAUGCAGGACAGAAGGAGAAAUCAGGGAUCAAUGAAGAAGACAGAGGAGAAAGACCAAUGCAGGGAAGAAGAACACAAUUUUGUUCAGUAGCACAGAGAGUCUGGAGGAUUCUGAACAAUCAGCUUUAACAUUUAUUUGCUGGAGCUCAGAAACAAGAACUUAAACUACAACUCUCCCUUGAGAUGGACAAACUUGAUGCUUCAGUGUGAUGCCAGUGAAGAAUUCAGCAGUAGGCAACACUUCCAUUUCAGCAGUGCCCCUCUGAGGGCAUGGGAACCUGGAUGAAGAAGCUUUUCUCCCCUCGAGAGAGCCUCAGAAAAGGAUAAUCUUUAUCAUGUAACCUGGCAGGGAAUGUAUCACUAUUGAGGAAAACUUCAAAGGCAGACCCAAACUUCAGCAAUGCAAAGCUUCAGGAAACGUUUUUCUCUGUGAUUUAAACAAGUACAAUAGACACUGUUCCACUCACUGCUUGCUCUGUGUCUGAAGAAUCCAUCCACAGCUCUGUGCAGGCAGCUGCAAGUGGAGAAUGUGGAGAGUUAGAGGGAGAUUGCCUCUACAUCAGUUCUCAUUAAGAAUAAACAGAUACAAAAUAUUUCUCUUGUUAAUGUAUGCAAGCCUGAAUCAUCACAUUGUAACUUUGUGGCAGAUGUUUAAAUGACAGUAUCUAUGCAGAAUAAAUAUGAAUGGCUAAUAUAAAUAUUAUUAUAAACUAUAGCAAGUUAAGAGUAUACAUUGAGUAUUCAAUAGAUUACCUAAUUUAGGCACAAGUUAUUCCUGCACUUGGAAGUUCCACUCAAACACACUUACAGUGAUUAUUUGGGGAUGCACUGUAGUUGGUGAACAGAACUUCAGUGAUUCAUCCCAAAGAAUUUUCCUACAGAUGCAAGGCUAGGACUGUGGAACUUGAUGCCAUCAGAGUAAUUUCUGUGCUGGCCAUUUGCUGUCCCAGGCCCCUACAGGUCACACCCACAGCACACCCUCUGGGCUUUGCCAGUGCUACAAAUCCCACCUUUAUCUCUCCAUUGAAACACCAGCACCAAAUAACCCAGAAACUUGGCAAUAAGGAUUAACUCCAACCCUGGACAUUUUUCAGUGUAAAUGAUUUCUUCAGAAAUUAUGGACUUCUUUUUGCUACAAGGAUGCAAGAGUAAGAAAAGGAAAAAGAGUAACUUUUGCAAAUCCUGUUCUAUAUUAUUUAAAAAGAGAGGAAAUCCCUUACUUGUGACAUUACAAUUUUUUUUGGGCUGUUUACUGAUCUUCAUGCAGACUUUCCCCAGGGCACACAGGUUAAACAAUAACCCCCUGUUGUUAAAUUAUAUUUUAGAAUAAGAAAGAUGGAGACCAAAAGAAAAGUGAAAAGAAAUCAACAGUAAAAAUAUCUAUAUAGGGCUUAAACCAGUGGUAAUGGUUUUUGUUCAAAACAAGAAAGGGAGGUCUUUGCCAAAACAUAUGAUAUAUUUUAUAUAUAUGUGGAUAUAUUUCAUAAAUAAAUUAUUACAGUUAUAAAAUUAAAUAUAUCUUUCAGUUAUUGCAUUUGUAUCAGUUUCUUACUUGCUGUGUAACUGAUUUUGUACAUUUAUAGAAAAUAGAUUAUUUAUUGUAUAAAACCACUACACAUACUAUUUUUUCAUACUUUUUUUUAAAAGACAUUGUAUAGUUUUGGGGUUUUUAAAAAAGAAUCAGGCUUUGUUAUGAAGAAUGCUUAGUGUUCCUAGUGCUCCGUUAUGACCAAAACCUGAAAAUUUCUUCCCCUGCUGAAUCCCUCCACACAGGUCCCACAGCUUGCUGCCUUUGAGAGGUUGAUAAUUCUCCUGACAGUCUGGGAGUUGAGUAGGAAAACAGGAGAACAAAUUCUGUGCCAGUAAUUAUGCAUAAAAAGUGAAGUUUCAAUUUUGUGUCCCUUUUGCUAUAAAUGUAACCCUCAUCUGUCCCCUAACCCUGGGACAAACAAGGCGAAAGUUAUUUGUCCUGAGGGUUCUUUUUGUGGACAAUGUCCACGGAGUUCAGCUCCAGCCCCAAGCACAUCCCAGUGCUGAACAAGCCUCCAGAUUCUCCUCAGCUCAGCUUUUACAUGACCUGCUCAGCCUGUGUUUGGAAUUCUCCUGUCUUCCCCCAUGUGAAUUCAAUUUAAAUGCUGCAUUUGAAGAUGGAUUCAC